AUGCUGGGCACGCUGCCGCCGUCGUACCUCCGGUGGGUCGCGGCCGAACUCGACUACGGGGACACCGCGCCCUGGGCGGACCUCGCGCGCGACGUCCUCGACGACCCCGUCUACGUCGACCGCGUCGAGUGGGAGCACGCGCACCGCUUCCUCCGCGGUGAUGCCGACGGCUACGACUACGCUUUCGACGACGGCGGCGACGGGCCGCUCCAGGAGAUGGCCGAGCGCUUCGGAUGGGACCUCUCCGACGAGGAGGGGUGGGGCCGCCUCGAUUUCCGCCUCCUCGGCACAUCCUACGGCGGCCGCAUUCCAAGGAAGGGCGCCCGCAAGAAGCAAAGCAACAGCAACAGCUCCACCGGCGGCGGCGCCAAGAAGGGCUCCCUGUUCGACGCCGCCGGGGCUGACCCGGGCGGCACCGGGGCGAAGCGCGACGAGAGGAGGGAGCGGGUGCGGAUGAGGAGGAGGAGCAGGUGA